GUGCGUGUGUGAGAGAAUGAAUGAUGUCAGGGCGGACCGUGGCUCUCGCGGCGAGCAUGAGACUCGCGGUAAACACGGCGGCAGCGCCGAGCGAUCGCUGGUGCCCCCGGCGCCCCCCCCGGCCCGGAGCCGCCCUCCAGCGGGGGAGCGCUUCCAGUGCGGCACGGCUGAGGUAGCGCUGCGGGCAGGAAAGCUCUCUGAGAAGUGUCGCCUCCGCUGACGCCCUUAAAGCCAGUCCCCUUCGCCAGGAAGGAGAAGAGUCUGAGGCCGGGAGAGGAGCGGAUUGCAGGGGAAGGUAGCGAUCGUGGCAAACUUUCUAGCUGCUUCUGCGUGCUGCUGCCUCAGUGUUGGGAGUGCCUGGCCAAAAGGAAACGGCAAAGCCCAAACCUAAGAGCCCUGAGGCUCCAAAAAAGACUUGAGGAACUGCCAGCAGUGCGAGCUUUUGCGUUACGCAGCUGAGUAGAUGAUACAGCUCUAGAGGAAAGAAAGAGUUGUCUUCACAACUUGCUCUACAGUAUCUGAAUAGUGAAAGCACAAUGGACACUUUUUAGAGUUUUACAGAAAUCAAAAAUCAUCUAGGAAGAAGAACGUUUGACUUUAAGGAAUAACAGACUUCAGAGAGCCCAGGAAUUGGUCACUGAUAAAUCCAAUUUGGUUAUACAGCUUGGGAAUGAAUACCAUUGAGACAGCAAAGCUUGAAGAGCAUAUGGAGGGUCAAAACAAUGACGCUUCUAAUGGCUACUCACGACCUACUCUCUCAGUCAGUGAAGAGAACAAAAAUGGCACUAGCAAACCAAAGGCCUUGUCUAAUGGCUUACGAAAAACGACAAAGAAAUAUCCUGAUUACAUCCAGAUUGCUAUGCCUGCUGAGUCUAGGAAUAAAUUUCCUCUGGAAUGGUGGAAGACAGGCAUUGCCUUUAUCUAUGCUCUCUUCAACUUGAUUCUAACAACUGUCAUGAUCACUGUGGUCCAUGAGAGAGUACCUCCAAAGGAGCUAAGCCCUCCCUUGCCUGACAAAUUUUUUGAUUACUUUGAUCGUGUGAAAUGGGCUUUUUCUGUAUCAGAAAUAAAUGGAAUGAUACUAGUUGGAUUAUGGAUAUUCCAGUGGUUGUUUCUUAGAUACAAAUCAAUAGUGGGACGCAGGUUCUUUUUUAUAAUAGGAACUCUGUAUCUGUACCGCUGUAUUACCAUGUACGUUACCACCUUACCUGUGCCUGGAAUGCAUUUUCAGUGUGCGCCAAAGUUGAAUGGAGAUUCUCAGGCAAAGGUUCAGAGGAUCCUGCGACUGAUUUCUGGUGGUGGUCUGUCCAUAACUGGAUCACACAUCCUGUGCGGAGACUUCCUGUUCAGUGGUCACACUGUGGUAUUAACGCUGAUCUACCUGUUCAUCAAAGAGUAUUCACCACGUCAUUUCUGGUGGUAUCACUUAAUCUGUUGGCUAAUGAGUGCUGCUGGCAUAAUUUGUAUCCUUGUUGCUCAUGAACACUAUACUGUGGAUGUCAUCAUUGCUUAUUAUAUCACCACGCGGCUCUUCUGGUGGUACCACUCAAUGGCUAAUGAAAAGACUUUAAAGGUCUCUUCGCAGACAAAUUUUCUCUCUCGAGCGUGGUGGUAUCCGAUAUUUUAUUUCUUUGAGAAGAACGUGCAAGGCUCUGUUCCUUGUAGCUUUUCCUGGCCGCUGUCUUGGCCUCCCAGCUGCUUCAAAUCUUCAUGCAAAAAGUAUUCACGGGUUCAGAAGACAGGAGAGGACAAUGAAAAAUCUACCUGAAGAGAAGGAGGAAAGCAUCUGCUCUGUUUUUUUUACCAAAACAUUAAUGCUGUAACCAAAGUUCUUAAGAGGACUACACUGUAACUGAAGAAGUGGACCAAGCUUCUGUGCAAUUGAUUGGAAAGACAAUUGUAGACACAUAUUUCCAUUUCAUGUUUUCCUAUCAUCAGGCUGUACAGACCUAUUCUACUCUUCAGUGCUAAUAGAAUGCACCACUGAUGGGAUUUUUUAUUAAAGAAAAAAAUGGAGCAGCACUCUGCUUUACUAAUGAGAUAGAGGUGCCAAAGACCACAUUAACACUUUCAUUACUAUCACUCAUCCACAGAAGCACCCAAAAAUCUCAUCUUCAGAGUUCUGGAGUGCAUAAGGGUAAAAACAUGCUAAAAUGUAAAGGCACGAUAUCGGCGUACUGAGGUAUAUAAAAAAAAAACACAAUUGUGGGAAGUGGUUUGUUGCAUUAUUCUUGCUAAUGAAGGUAAGGUCUUUGUGUGACUGGUACAGCCGGAAGUGAGUCUUGACUCUUUUACACUCUGUGGGUAUAAAUAUCUUAUGACCCUAAACUACUACUUACCACCAUUAUCUCCCAUAUAUUCUACUAUAUACCAAUUUUUACAUUUUUAUUAGUAAUUUUAUAUUUAAACUGUUGUGCUACCUGAUGACUUUGCAAAUUAGGAGUAGCUGCUAACAUCAGAGCUCAAGGAGCCUAAAAUUUUUAUUUUUAAAAAAGGACACAGUUUCAAAGUCUAAAUCUUUAACUGCAGUUUGGCCUUGUGUAUAUAGCUAUACAGUGCCUAUUGGUGUAUGUACAUGCAUAUACACACAAAAGCACAUGCUGCUGUGUAGUUAAACACAUAGUAAACAAAACUACUUACUGGGAAGAGUGAUCAUACAGUUCUUAAUCCAGGCAAAACUCCUACAGAUCUCACUUGCUUGAGGAAUGCAAGGCCAGGUCCAAAAUGGGGCUGUAUUAAAAAUAAACUUUUUAAUUUUAGUAGCUAUUUCUUGCUGAAACUAUGUAGCAAGUUUGUUUGGGAGCCAUAGUUCUUCAUUGAUUUAUUUUUUCUUUUCUACCUGUUGGCACAUGUUUCUGACUUUAGGAGAAAAAGUGCCAAGUUGAAUACCUGCAACAGUAGCAUUUCUUCAAUUAAUAUGAAAUGGGUUUAGGUAAUAAAUGACACUGGUAGAACUCACAUGCAGAUUCUUUUUUUUUCCCCCAGGGUUUCAGUCCAACUAAAAUGGCUAUUUAAGCAAGUUGGCUGAGAACAUGUGGAAAUUACCAUGGCAUAAACAUGUAACAAACCCACAAAUUAAACAGCUGCCUGGUUCUUGUUGGUUUUUAUUGUUUGGUAUUAUUGGAAAAGCAAAGUAGAAAAUUAGCAUACUAUGUUUAACCAUUUAUGUUCUGUAUUAAUUUCUGCAGUUAAUUUUAUUUUCAAAUCUUCAGUAAAACCUGACAGCAAAGAUAGAUCUGUGUUAAGUGUUGAAGUGAUACUAGUAUGAAGGAAAUGCUGCUUAUUUUAAGAAUAUCUUGAACUGAGUGACAAGUGUGAACACAAUUUAAAUAACUUGUUUUUAAAAGUCCAGUUAAAGUUAUAAAAUGCAAUACAGAGUAUUCAAAGAUUAUUUUUUUCAGUUAAGGGGAUCAAUUGCUAUGAGUUGUACAUGAGAAUAUUAUUGAUGUGCAUUUCAAAUAUUUUUGUGCAUUAUCAAAGUAAUACAAUAAACAAUGUUUCUUACAA